AUGUUCAAAUCUGCGGUCCGGAGGUACUCGCUCAAGAGUCUUCCAUACGAGGCGCAGCCCAAAAACAAGUACAACGCCCAGAGGUCGGCGUUCAACUUGAAACCAGUGCGUCCUCAGGGGCUCAUAUAUAAUCCCCCAGCAUCGGCUCCCACGUACAGAGAAACCCCGAAAUUGUUUUUGCCGAAGAACGAUCCUCGUCUCAAGAUAUUGGAGGGAAAAUGGAAAGUGUACAGCGAAGAAGAGCUCGAUAAUAUGCCUCUUAUAUACGGCAUCAAGAAGGAAAAGGAUUACUCGCUAACACCAGAAGUGGUUGGAGAGAUCCUCAAGUUGAGAAGAGAGAACCCCGACGAAUGGACAGUUCCUAAGUUGGCUAAGAAGUUCAACGUGGACAAAGUGAAGGUCAAUGUCAUUUCUGGCAUCAGCAAGGAGAGACAGGAGAAGGUUCUCCAGGAGUUGGAGGAAGUCAAGCUGACCUGGUCGGCCAAGAGAAAGCUUGCAAGACAAGAUAGAGAAAAGAGAACUCAGCAGUGGUUGCGUGGCGAGUUCUAG